AUGGAUAAUAUAUUGAAAGAUAGUUUUUCUUCUGGCAGGAGGUUAUGUCCUUAUAAAGAUAAAUGUUACAGAAAAAAUCCAAUUCAUUUUAAUGAAAUGUCACAUCCGCACUUGGAAAAAUUAAUUAUUAAUCAGCUAGAUUCACCUAUUACAAUACCAAAUGAUAUUAACUUUAAAUGUACUGAUAAAUCACUGCUAUUAGAUCAACUUACAGUCUUACAGAUGGUCUUAAACAAAUAUAAGAAUAUAAAUAGCAAAAGUCAGACUAUAGAAAAUAAUAUUAAUCCACUAGAAAAAACCAAUACCAAUCAAUAUGAUGUUAAAAAAUUAAAAGAUCUAGAAGUAAAUAAUAAAGCUAUAAAACUUGAUCUUUUAAAAUCUGAAAAGGAUGCAUUAAUUAGAAAAAGAGCUUCAUCAAAUAAUAUUGAUAAUAUAAGUGAAUCACACAUUAAUCCAAUCUAUUCAUUUUAUUCUAACAUAGAUAUGCAAAGUUUUAAUCAAAAUUCAUCUCCAAAAAAAUCAUCUAGACAUAAAAUUCAUUUAUGUGUACCAGGAGAAUUUGCAUUAAAAUAUGCAUUAUCUUCUCCCUACUAUUUCUUUUUAACUUUUGUAGAACAAUCAGAGUCAACACAUAAGCAAGAAUUUACUAUAUCAUUUCCUGAAUUAUUAGAUAUAAGUUUAGGAGAAAUAGUUGAUAGUCUUCAUAUAAAUUUUAUUGUAGAAAUUGGAUGGCUCUGUCUACAAUAUGUACUUGCAGCUCAAAAUCCAAAUAUGACUAUUUUUUGUGGUUCUGUUUGCGAUCCCCAAACUUCAUUACCAGCCAAUAUUAAUUUAAUUUUAGUUAAUAUGCCUAGCGCAUAUGGAUGUCAUCAUUCAAAAAUAUCAGUUAUUAAAUAUAGUGAUAAUGGAAUACGAAUAGUUAUUUCUACAGCUAAUAUUUAUAAAGAUGAUUGGGAAAAUCGAACGCAAGGUAUUUGGCUUUCACCACAUUUAUCACAGUUACCUGACUCAGCAAAUUCUAGUGAUGGAGAUUCCCCAACUGAGUUUAAAAAGUACUUUAUAAAAUAUUUAACAACUUACAAACAACCACAAAUGAAAAAAUGGGAACACUUGAUUAAAAGAGCAGAUUUCUCUGCUGUAAAUGUAUUUUUUCUUGCAUCUACUCCUGGAAGCCAUAAGAGUUUAAAUUUAAAUUCUUGGGGUCACAGAAGAUUAUCAACAAUAUUAUCAGAACAUGCAGUUCUACCUCCAGAUGCUUCAAAAUGGACAUUACUUCUUCAAUGUUCUAGUAUAGGAAGUUUAGGAUCCAACUAUGAAGAUUGGUUAUUACCAAAUAUUGUUGCAUCAAUGUCCAAAGACAAGGCAAAAGAAUUCAAAAGUAAUCCAAAUUGUAACCUUAUUUAUCCAUCAUUGAAAAAUUACAUAGAGAGUUUUGACUAUAAAACUGGUUCCUGCUGUCUACCAUAUACUAAAAAAAAUCAUGAAAAGCAAAAGUGGCUGAAGAAAUAUUUACAUCAAUGGAGAGCAGAGGAAAAUAGUCGAACUAAAGCUAUGCCUCAUAUAAAAUCUUAUACACGAAUUUCACCAGAUUGUACACAAAUACCAUGGUUUGUGUUAACAAGUGCUAAUUUAAGUAAAAGUGCAUGGGGUACUACUGCUAAGUCAGGAAUUUCUCAUUAUAUUAUGAAUUAUGAAGCAGGAAUUGUGUUUAUACCUAAAUUUAUUAUAACUCAAACUACGUUUCCAAUAAGAAAAUCAAAUUCUUCAAAAAUUCCAGUUUUUCGACUUCCAUAUGAUUUACCGUUAACUCAGUAUCAACCAAGUGAUACUCCUUUUGUUAUUGAUUUUCUUAGCAAUUAAUAACCAUUAUUGAAUAAAUUAG